AUGUUCCAACGUGACUUCAAGAAGCAUGGAGCUAUUGCUCUUUCCACUUACUUGAAGACAUACAAAGUUGGUGACAUUGUCGAUAUCAAGGCUAAUGGUUCUAUCCAGAAGGGAAUGCCUCAUAAAUACUACCAAGGUAAAACUGGUGUUGUCUUCAAUGUGACCAAGUCUUCUGUAGGUGUUAUUGUAUACAAGAUUGUUGGUAACAGAUACAUCGAAAAAAGAGUCAAUUUAAGAAUUGAACAUGUCAAGCAUUCUGCUUGUCGUCAAGAAUUUUUAAACAGAGUCAAAGAAAAUGCUAGAUUGAAAAGGGAAGCAAAGGAGAAGGGAGAAAAAAUCAACCUUAAGAGACAACCUGCUAUGCCAAGGGAGGCCAGAAUCAUCUCUGCUGAAACAAAUAUUCCUCAAACCUUGGCGCCAGUUGCCUAUGAAACUUUGAUCUAA